AUGGACAUGCAGACAAGAGUUAUUAUGGAUCUUCAAGAUUUGUGUAUUCGCCUGAAAUCGGAAUUGCACAAAAUGAAAACGAAGUAUAUGUCGGUAGUUGAACAAAGUGAUAAAAAGAAUAGUGGAAAUAUCAAUCGUGCUCUCAAUGUAAAUAAUGUGCAGUCUACUCGUACCGAGGAUACGUCGGAUGAGCGGAUAGAAAAUAUACCAAAACCAUCAUUUGCUAAAAUUGCUUAA